UAUUCUCACUGGCUUCCAAACCGCCGCCGUCCAGGAAAUACGCCAAAUAAACGUCUAUUUGCUGUUGCGAAACAGACAGGCAGAGUUGCCAGUUGAAGAAGUCGUAGCUAGACUACUUGAACAAUAAGUGUGAUUACGACAAGUGGAUUUUGAGAGAAAUUCAUCCGUAUAAGAGGGGGUCAAAUUUUACAGUACAGAUUAUCAAACAAAUCAACCAAUCCAGGAGACCGUGUGCUGCUGCUCGUUACAGGAAACGAAGACGUCAUGCACCCCUCUAAAGACGUCUGUUGGUCCUUGACAAUAUGGAUGGUCCACCUUGCCUUCAUGGUUCCCACUGUUCAAGGUCAAGACUGCUCCAAACCCAUACCGUUAGAAGGGUCAAACAUGGUUUUUACAUCAACUCAAGAGACAUUUGGAGAUGGAACAAGAGCAACGUUUGAGUGUGCAACUGGAUAUGUCAGUGCAGGAGGAUCUCGAUCAGUCACCUGUACUGCUGGCGUGUGGAGUGAUGUGAAACUGACAUGCGAAUUAAGGUCGUGUGGCAGCCCAGGAGAUGUGAUAAACGGCCAGUAUGAUCUCUCGGGGAUUCUGUUUGGCGCCAGGGCUGUUGCUUUCUGUAACACUGGCUAUAUGCUUGUGGGCAGCGGUGUAAGGAACUGUUUGGUCGGAGGCUGGGAUGGCCGAGUUCCUGUAUGUCAAGUGGUGAAGUGUGGAAAGCCCCCCACCAUUGUCAACGGUGGACCUGUUAUGCCAUCUGAAGAAGAGUACGAAUAUAAAAGUGUUGUGGGAUAUAGCUGUGAGAAGGAAUUCACUCUGGUUGGAGCUAAAUCCAUAGUCUGUGAAAAGGACGGAGAAUUCCAGCCAGCUCCACCUGAGUGUAAAAUGGUUUCAUGUCCUGCUCCUGUUGUUGAGAAUGGCGUUAGGAUUGAAGGUCGUUUGCCCCCCUACAAGCACAAGUCUUAUGUGACGUAUAAGUGCAACGAUGGAUAUGAGAUGACGGGACAGGCCAGUCUGACAUGUGAAAUAGAAGGCUGGUCAGCUUCUAUUCCCACAUGCAAAGCCCUUCCGACUACAACAAAUCCCCCUACUACCACAACAGCUACUACCACAACAGCUACUACCACAACAGCUACUACCACAACAGCUACUACCACAAUAGCUGCUACCACUGCUACAAAGAGAACCACAAACCAAGAUCGCGUACCUGGUCCCCCAGAGGCCAAAAACCACACAUGGAAAAUAGUAGUGGGUGUUCUAGUUGGACUUGGCGUUGGUUGUAUUAUAGGAUUUAUAAUCUACAAAUAUAAAGCACGCUCUCGAGUUGGAUACUCAGGAAAUGUGGCCACUAAUAACUCUGAAGACAGAGAGUUGUAGCACCCUUGGCCAGGGUAAGAAGAUGGACAUCUGAGCACACCGUUUUUUAUUUAAUUUUAUAUAAUAAGAAGUCGGCGUUCCAAUUCAUCCCAAAGGUGUUCGAUGGGGUUGAAGUCAGGGCUCAGUGCAGGCCAGUCAAGUUCUUCUACGCCGAUCUCAACAAGCAAUUUUUGUAUGGACCUCGCUUUGUAUAAGAAAAUGUAAUUAAAAAAAUAUGGGUGAUAUGAUAUAGCAGUGAAAUGCUAAAUGUUUUUAUUUUGACGGGUGAGCAUCACUGAGCUCUCCAGUAAGGCCAUUCUACUGCCCAUGUUUGUCUAUGGAGAUUGCAUGACUGUGUGCUCAAUUUGGCCAAAUCCUUUAAUUUGAAGGGGUGUCCACAUACUUUUCAAUAUAUAUUGUAUGUGUCAAAGACCAACAGAUUUAUCCCGUUUAUGUCCCACAGGUCUACCCAUUCCUUUAGCAGAGAAGUAAAAAGUAAAAUAAAUGUAAAAUGUAUUUUC